AUGAGGAGGUCCAUGCCGCAGGUGUUCGUCUUCAAAUAUACGGCCAGUGGGGCUAUCAAGACGGCCAGGAUGAUCGCAGCCAUGUUUGCCACUGAGAUGAAGGAGAAGACGGAUGGGGUCGUCAAACUGAACGACAUGGGGGCCAAGGGGCUCAAAAUUUUCUUGAAAUUCCUUUACAGCGGCGAAUUGGAUGAUAAGUGGAGCGAAUUUUACUCCGAGAUUAUCAACGCAGCUUCAAAGUAUCAAAUCAAUCGCUUGUUGGGAACGUGCGAAAACCUGCUUCCGACUCUGGUCUCUUGGGAAAAUUGCGUCGAGGUCUUGGAACUUGCAGAAUUGCACGGGAUGACACGCGCCGCGGGGAUGAUCAAGGCAUUCAUUAAGAGUGAUUCGGAAAAAUCUGCCCAAUUGUGGCUUGAUUCGCCAGCUCGAAAGCGUCGUCGACUUAAUUAA